AUGUCUCUGAUCAACGUUCGCCGCGAUGUCAGCGACGCCUUCUAUCGCUAUAAGAUGGAGCGUUUGCAAACCAAGAUUGAAGGAAAAGGUAAUGGCAUCAAGACAGUGGUUGUCAACGUCUCCAGCGUUGCUGCUUCUCUUGCCAGACCUGCGUCCUACAUCAUCAAAUACUUUGGUUUCGAACUAGGGGCCAUGACCAACAACGACCCCAAAGAUGACCGCUGGAUCAUCAACGGUGCCCACGAGGCUGGAAAGCUUCAGGAUCAUCUCGAUGGCUUCAUCAACAAGUUCGUCCUUUGCAAGAGCUGCAAGAAUCCCGAAACUGAUGUAAAGAUUGAUAAUGACCGAAUUUUGCUUGACUGCAAAGCUUGUGGUCAACGAACGGCUGUUGAUCUUCGCCUGAAGCUAAGUGGUUACAUUCUCAAGAACCAGCCUAGCAAGAAGAAUAAGAAAGACAAGGCUGAGCGCAGAGCUGCCAAGAAGGCCAAGCAAAAUGGAAAUUCCAAUGAGAAUGGCACCGGAAGUGGGGGUGAAGAGGGCUCCGAAAAUGGCUCAAAUGAUCACGAGAUCGAGAACGGUGACGCUGGUAGCGACCGUGAGUUCAACAAACUUCAAGCUGAAGCUGUAGAGGCUGCUGUUGUCGAGGUCAAGGACGACGAAUGGGCGGUGGACAUGAGCGAAGAGGCUGUAAAAGCUCGUCAGGCUCAGCUUCCUGGUGACUUUAAGCAGAAGCUUAGUCUCAUUGACGACGAUGAGGAAGGCGAGGGUGGUAAUACCGUCUACGACGAGUUUGGCGACUGGAUUCAGACUGAGGCCAAGGAAAAGGGUGGCAUCGAUCAGGUGGACUCGAUCAAUAUCUAUCUCAAGGCCAAGGAAUUGGGCAUUGAGACCAAGCAUCGCACUGUUCUAGUUCUUGUACAGACCGUCUUUGACAAGAACGUUUGCGGUCAGAUUCCCAAGCGUGCUGGCAUGCUGAAGCAGAUUAUCAACUCGGAACGCCACGAAAAGGCUCUCCUUGGUGGCACCGAGCGCCUCGUUGGCUCUCUUUCAGUGGAGAAUCCAGACAUGCUGCCUCAGAUUGUCAAGGUUCUGCAGCUGUACUACCAUCAUGACCUCAUCAGCGAAGAGGUCGUUACCAAGUGGGGAACCCACGCCAGCAAGAAGUACACUGACAAGAACACUUCCAGAAAGAUUCGCCAGGCUGCGAAGCCUUUUCUUGACUGGCUGGAGGAGGCCGAGGAAGAGGACUCGGAUGAGGAGGAUGACGAGUAA